AUGGCAGACAGUCAGGCAGCUGCUGGGCAGGGAGAAUUUGCGUCCCUGGGUGGGUCUGGAGUCUCCAGUUCAGAGCCUGAAAACCGGCGGCGGCUGAGCGAGCUGCGCGUGAUAGACUUGCGGGCUGAACUCAAGCGCCGCAAUUUGGACAGCAGUGGAAACAAGAGCGUCCUCAUGGAGCGGCUGAGGAGGGCUAUUGAGGAGGAAGGGGGGAAUCCUGAUGAAAUUCCAGUGGUUUCAGAAAAUAUGAAGAAAACUCCAAAAAGAAGCAGCAAAGGACGUAGACCAGAUGAAGAGGGAGUAGAAGAUAAUGGACUGGAAGAGGAUUCAGGAGAUGGACAGGAGGAUAUUGAAGCAAGUUUGGAUAACUUGCAGGAUAUUGACAUGAUGGAUAUUAGUGUGUUAGAUGAAGCUGAAAUAGAUAAUGGCAAUGCGGUAGAUUGCGGAGAGGAUUACAGUGCUGAUAAUAUUCUUGACUCACUGUCUGAUAGUAAAGAAAAUGCUGAUGCAGAAGUGAAAGAACUUCCAGAUCAGCCUACAGAAUUUGCUGUAGGUAACUUGGAGGCGUCCCCACAAUUUUCAGAAAUUAAAGAAGAAUCAAGAGAAAUACCAAUAGUGAUGGUAGAGACUGAAGAUGUUGGAAACAGUUUAGAUGCCUCUUCAUCUGAUUUAACUGUGAUAAAG